AUGCAUCAGAUGAAUGCUUGUCCAUCCAUACCUGCACCUGACUAUUCGUUAGGUACAGCUUCGGGUGAGAUCUUGUUUCGUAAUUGGAAUAGCGCAGAAUCAGCUCCUGCAACAUCCUUGAUGUCUCUGAAAUCCCUGAGUGAUAUGUCAGGUUGCGAUAACGUGGGAAGUAUUCGCAAUUCUCCUUUUACUGUUAAUCACUCAGCUAUUAGACCGCAAUCGGCUCAGACUGCUAUUCAGUCAUCUUGUUCAUCAUAUUCGCAAAUGCAAAGAAAUGGCAAAUUAGAAAAAUCUUCAUCGUUUUUUAAUCAUCAGAACAUCAAAAAAUGCACAGUAAUUUUCGUUUUAUUUCAGAUUUCAUAA